AUGGCAUACUCUCGUUUUAAUAAUUAUUCAGACAGUGAUCUUUGUAGGGAUAUAGCAGGAAGGAUAAUCGAAUUAGAGAACAAAUUGGGUGCUGGAAGAAUUAUUCGAAUAUCAAAUGAGGGACAAUUACGAUGGGAACCAAUCGCAGUGUUGUCCACAGCAUGUUCAAUGGUUCUGGCGUGGUUCCCAUUUGACAGUCAAAGAUGUUUCAUAAAAUUAGCUAGCAUGGAUCACCCGUUUUUCGAAGUAAAUUUAAUAUUAAAAUCCAAUGCAGUAGAUACAGAUUUACAUGAAACACAAGCAGAUUGGGAGCUCGUUGACACAUUACAAACUUUUUCUUAUUUAUUGGAUGAUGGUGGAGUUGCGUAUCCGGUAGUUGAGUUCGGAAUUAUUGUUAAAAGGCUCCCUCUUCAUUACAUUUUAAUUGUUAUAGUACCAACAAUUCUUACUGCAGUAUUAACAUUUAUUGCAUUUUUUCUGCCGCUGAAAUCCGGAACAAGACUUGGAUAUAUUGUUACAGUUGUACUAGCUUUAGUGGUUUUAUUGACAUUAUUUGCAGACACAAUACCUUCUGCUGCAAAAUUUCCUUCAAUUCUAGUGGCAGUAUUUACGGUAACAUUAGGAAUGGCCUUUCUUUUGAUCAUUAUAACGAUAUUUGUUAUGAGAAUUUACAAUAAACCAAAACGUGACGUUGCUCCAAAAUGGAUGCAUUCCAUGGUGAGGAAGAUUAGACAGCUGAAGUCAAAGUUAUUGUUAAAGUGUAAAUGCAGGGCUAGCCGAAUUGACCAUCUUAAACAAAAUCAGCCUAUAGAAGAUGGAAGACCGACAGAAGAAACAAACCGCGUGGAGAACAGUACGCAAUUAAAACCAUACAGCAACCAGGAGCUGGCUGAAUUUUUUGACAAUUUUUUGUUUGUUGUUUUUACAGUUUUAUAUAUUUUGAUUCUUUCAAGUGCCCCAGUAGUAGCAGCCAUUUGGGUGGAAAAUUACAAAUCCAACUAAGAACUUAGUCGUUAUUGCACAUUUGUUUCUUUACCUUUCAACUUCCUUAACUUCGUUUUUCGGUCGACAAAUAUUUUUUUUUUGUAUUUCAACUAUCUUGGGUUAUUGUAUAUUUGGCAUCACCAUUUAUCAUGUGUAUUUAGUAUCUAUUCGUAUUUUUUAACUGAUUUGUGUACGUACAUACGUGUAUAUUAUUGGUUCUUCAAUAUUUUAAACUGUUAUCUCUCUACGGGCAGGACGAAUAUAACUUCCUAAAAUGUACAGCCCGCCAUCGAAAGAAUGUAACAGAAACAUUCAUUAUUAAGUAUUAGAAAAUGGAAAACAACGUUUAAGAAUUUAAUGCGUUCGAAGCGCUUUUCUGGAUUUACCCUUUAUCAGGAACGCUCAUAGCCAAACAUUUGAAAUCAGAAGAUGUAAAUGUACCGAACCCGUUGAAGAGCUAUAUGACAAAAUAUACCUAAAAUAAAUAGCCAAAUUCAUCUUUAGUAAAAUUUGCCUGAGGGAGUUGACACCUUAGUUUUUAUUUUAUAAUUUCAAGAUUUAUACACGGAUAAUUUAAAAAAAAAUGUUAAAUCAUGUCAGUUCCGAAAUACUGACUACUGAGCUGAAUAUACCCUCGGAGACUGAUAGUCCACCAGCAGAGGUAUCGACCCAGUGAUGUAAAAAGUGGAAAACAAAACGUUUAACAAUCCCAUGCGUUCGAAGCGCUUUUCUGGAUUUACCUUCAGCAGGAACGCUCAUAGCAAAACAUUUGAAAUCCGAAGAUGUAUAAGUACCGAACCCGUUGAAGAGCUAUAUGACAGAAAAUACCUAAAAUAAAACGCCAAAUUCAUCUUAAGUCAACUUUGCCUGAGGGAGUUGAAACCUUAGUUCCUUAAUAACUGUUAAAAAUAUUAAGUCUUCUUUUAUACUCUUGUGUUUUUAAUAUUGUUCAAAUGUGGUAGUCUACAGUAUCAGUGAAGAGAUAUUAAUUGGCAAAAAUGUGCUUCUAGCACUAUUAAAUUGGUACCGUUUUUUGUAGUUUUGGGUCUACCAAACUUUCAAUAUCAUAUUACCAGGUACAUAUUUUGCUAAUUGUUGAACUUUGCCGGUCGUAUGUAUAUUUACAUACUCAUUUAAACUCUAACUGACAUUUUUCUAGUACUUACACUCAUACUACUACUUAUGUUAAUGCUGAUGUUAUUGUCAAAUCUCAUUCUUCGGGAUUAUAUGCUAGACACGAUAUAUGAAUUCGCAGCCCGUUAUUGAAUUGUUUAUUUUUGGUUUUACAAUUUGUUAUAUUCUAUUAUUUUUAAUGAUGUCAUUCAGUCACAGGACUUCAAAUCUUUCAAUCCUUAUGGAUUGAUUUAAAAUACAUAAUUUAUAUAAGUAAGCAAUGAAUGUGGUAGUUAAAUUCGAUAGAUGCCUUGUUGGGCUUCUUUGCAAGAUAUUUGUUUAUUUUUGUUUUAAUUGAGAUUGUGACACGGUGAUGACUGCUAUACCUCUAUUUUAACAAUUUUACCUAAUAUGUCUGUUUUGUUAACGCAUCGUUGUAAAUACUAUGGUGAUUCAAACAAAUGAAAGGUUUCGCACUAUAAAAUACACUUGAAAAUGCCUGUACUAAUUCUAAAUAAUGACAGUUAUUGUCCAUUCGUUUGAUGUGUUUUGUCAUUUGAUUUUGCCAUGUGAUUAUGGACUUUCGUUUUGAAUUUUUUCUCAAAGUUCAGUAUUUUUGUGAUUUUACUUUUAUCUUAUGAUCAAAUAUUUAGCAUUGAUCAAAUAGAAAACAGCAAAUCUUGACCAUGAAAGAUAUCAUAACAAAGACAAACGUCAAACUGCAGCAGACUCAGUAGAUAGUAUAACUAUAAUAUAAGAAAUAUAUUGUAACAGUCUAGGACAAUCCAAACACGUGAUUUGUAUUUGGAAAAAAAACACAGGUAAAGAUGGAAGGAAAGGAAACCGCUGCCUUUCCCGAAACUAGAAGG